AUGAGUCCCUCAACCAUCUCCUUCAUCUUCACGUCCUUCCUCCUCCUUUCCACCACCAUCACAGCCCACAACAUCACCAGCAUCCUCGACCAAUACCCAGACUUCUCCCAAUUCAACGCCCUCCUCUCCCAAACCCACCUAGCCGAGGUCAUCAACCACCGCAAGCCCCUCACCAUCCUCGCCCUCACCAACGCCCGCCUGGCCGAUGACCUCUCCGGCAAGCCCGAGGACGUCGUCAAGCGCAUCCUCAGCACCCACGUCCUCCUCGACUACUACAACGUCCUCAAGCUCAACAAGCUGAGGGGCAACCACACUAUCAUCACCACCCUCUACCAGUCGACGGGGACGGCGGAUGACCAGCAGGGAUUCAUCAACGUGGCACACAACCAGGGCGGAAUCUUCUUCGGCUCGGCCAUGAAGGGAGCACCAACCGACUCCAAGCUCGAGGGCUCCGUGGCCGCCUUACCCUACAACAUAUCCGUCCUCAGCGUCUCCCACGUCAUCGUCGCGCCCGGGAUCGAUGGCAGCUGGCGUCCCAUCAACGUCUCGGCGCCGCCGCCGAAGGAGGCUGCCGCUGCAGCGCCGGAGGUCGAAGCACCGGCCGAGAGCCCCGAAGAUGACCUGCCGGCUGCCGACGGGCCUGAUGUUGACGUGGAAACGCCUGCCUCAGCCCCAGCCCCAGGUCCAGGGCCCAAUGCUGCGCCGGCAGACGUUGAAGCAGACGAUGAAGUGACGGUGCCGCCGGCUAGCGCCUCGUGGAGGACAGCGGUUUCUGGGUCGUCGGUCGGGCUGGUGGCGGCAGCAGCGUUGGUUUUGAUGUGGAUGUAG